AUGAGCAGUGUGCUAAUCAGCGUGCUGACCAGUGAGACGACGAGUGAGAUGAGCAGUGUGACAAGCAGUGUGCUGACCAGUGAGACGACGAGUGAGAUGAGCAGUGUGACAAGCAGUGUGCUGACCAGUGAGCCGACGAGUGAGAUGAGCAGUGUGCUAAUCAGUGUGCUGACCAGUGAGACGACGAGUGAGAUGAGCAGUGUGACAAGCAGUGUGCUGACCAGUGAGACGACGAGUGAGAUGAGCAGUGUGACAAGCAGUGUGCUGACCAGUGAGACGACGAGUGAGAUGAGCAGUGUGACAAGCAGUGUGGAAACCAGUGAGACGACGAGGGAGAUGAGCAGUGUGACAAGCAGUGUGCUGACCAGUGAGACGACUAGUGAGAUGAGCAGUGUGACAAGCAGUGUGGAAACCAGUGAGCCGACGAGUGAGAUGAGCAGUGUGCUAAUCAGCGUGCUGACCAGUGAGCCGACGAGCGAGAUGAGCAGUGGGACAAGCAGUGUGGAGACCAGUGUGCUGACCAGUGAGACGACUAGUGAGAUAACCGGUGUGACAAGCAGCGCGCCGAUCACCGUGCUCACUCGUGAGACCGCCAGUGUGACAAGCAGCGUGCUGAUCAGUGUGCUGACCAGUGAGACGGCUAGUGAGAUGACCGGCGUGACAAGCAGUGUGCUCAUCAGCGAGACGACUAGUGAGAGGACCGAUGUGACAAGCGGUGGGUUAACCAGUGAGACGACUAGUGAGAUGAACGGUGUGGCGAGCAGUGUGAAGACCAGCCUGCUGACCGGUGAGACGACGAGUGAGACAAGCAGGGUGCUGACCAGUGGGCUGACCGGUGAGACCAGUGAGCUGACCGGUGUGACCGACAGUGUGCUAACCAGUGUGCUAAUCGAGGCGGAGUGCGAGGAGCAGCUGGUGUCCGGCCUCCCCCCGGCCUCCUUCCGCAGCUCGUCCCAGCUGUCCGCCAGCCACGGCCCCGCCUUCGCCAAGCUCAACCGCAGAGAAGGGGCCGGUGGCUGGACGCCCCUGGUCUCGGACCGGGGCCAGUGGCUGCAGGUGGACCUGGGCCGGAGGACGGAGAUCCGGCGGGUGGCCACCCAGGGCUCGUACGGGAGCCCGCACUGGGUCACCGAGUUCUCCCUGCUGUCCAGCGACGGAGGGACCAACUGGAAGGAGCACCGGAGGCAGGAGGGCGGCCCGGGCUUCCCGGGAAACAGCAACGCGGACAGCGUGUCGCAGCAGGUGCUGAGCCCCCCGCUGCGGGCCCGCCUGGUCCGCCUGGUCCCCCUGGCCUGGCACCGCCAGAUCGGCCUCCGCCUCGGCCUCUUCGGCUGCGCCUUCCGAUCGGACGUGGCCACGGUGGACGGGACCGGUCGUCUAGUCUACUCCCCCGCCGGGGUCCGGCCCGGCCCCUGCCCGCCCACCGUCUCCCUCCACUUCAAGACCCUGCAGGCCCACGGCGUCCUGCUGUCCUGGACCGGCCCUCACGGGACUCCCCUCACCCUGGGCCUCGUCCGCGGCCACCUGCUCCUCCUCCUCCUCCUCCGAGCAGGCGAGGCGUCCAGGACGGUGCGGCUGGGCAGCUUGCUGGACGACGGGCACUGGCACCGGGUGGUCCUGGAGCACUGCCAGGGAGGGGGCAACCUGACGGUCGAUGGGCACAGCCAGGCCUUCGCCCUGCCCCGGGCCGGGCCGCCCGACGGCCGGGGAGACCAGGUGGGAAUUCCCUGGGCCUGGGCUCACCCUGGGGGGUCCGGCGGGGUCCAGCCCGCCCCCCCCGGCGCCCCCCGGGAACUUCCGCGGCUGCCUGGAGAACGUCUAUCACAACGGCGUCAGCGUCCUCGAUCUGGCCAGGAGAGGAGACCCUCAGGUCCGCGUCACGGGCAACGUGUCGUUCUCCUGCCCCGGGCCGGGCCCCUGGGCCGCCCCGGUGACCCUGGCCAGCCCGGAGGCCUCCCUGGUGGUGGCGGCGGCCCCCGGCCCCCCCGGCCCCCUGGCCGUCCGCUUCCGCUUCCGCACGUGGGAGCGUACUGGCCGCCUGCUGACCACCAGCCUCGGAGGGGGCGCCGCCCUCCUGGCCCUCGGCCUGACCGCCGGGGGGAAACUGAGGCUCAGCCUGGUCCCGGCCCGAGGACCCCCCACCUUCCUCACCACAGGCGGCGCGUGGGCGGACGGGCAGUGGCACGCGGUGGCCCUGCGGGCCCGCGGCCGGACCCUCGGCCUGCACGUGGACCAGGAGGCCCUCGGCGCCCAGCACCGCGCCCCGCCGGAGCAGCUACGCGCCGGACGCCUCUACCGCUUCGGGGGUGA